AUGGCAGAACCCCAGAACAAGCCUCUGAAUGAGCUUUUGUCUCAUGACAUGGUCGACAUCUAUGUCGGUCAGGAAAACACCAAAUGGAUCUUGCACGAGAAGCUUCUGUGCUACCGCAGCAAGUUCUUUCGCAACAUCUUCCACAGCAAGGAGAACAAGAACCGCCAAUUUGGUCUUCCGGAUGAGGAGGAUGAGCCUUUCAGAAUCUUUGUCGGAUGGCUGUACAGUGGCCACACACCCACUCCUGAGUCAGAGAAAGAUUUGACACUUCUGCUGGAUCUAUACUUGAUGGCCGAAAAGUGGGAGAUCCGCGAUCUUACCCUGGAAGUGCUCAAGAGCGUCCGCAACUGGUACAAGGAGUCCGACACAUACCCUGCCCUCCGCCGCGUGCAAUACAUCUACGCCAACACCGACCUUGAAUCUCCCAUGCGCCAACUACUCAUCAGCAGUGUCGCAAGAAACCUCGUUACCAGCGACUCGGGCAUGCCGCCGCAAUGGGACAAGGCCCUCAGAAAGAAUGGCCAGCUCGCUGUCGACAUCAUCAUCGCCAUGCAGAAGUGGAACCUCGAGAAGGAGAGCAUCCCCGAUCCGAGACAGGACUCGGUCAAGCCUAUUCUGGAGGACGCUGAGCAGGCCAGAGCUCAGAAGAAAGAUGGACAGAAUGAGGACCAGACCAACGAGCAGAAUGGUCAGGAGAACGACGACGAAAAUAACGUUGACAACGAGAACGAGGCUGAAGAGGGUGCCGAAGACGGUGAGCAAGAGGAGGGCGAGGACAACGAGGAGGGUGAGGAAGAGAACGAGGAGCCCCAGGAGUAG